CCCAGCCCACCCUUCUUCGUCUCACACCGCACCUCCGUCGCUCCAAUCUUCCGCCGCCGUCGCCUCCUCUCCCAACGCAUCUCUGGCCCCUCUCCGGUGCUCUCCCCGGGCUCAGAGCAGAGCCCGCUAGGGCACUGUCGGCAACCCUUCUUCCUUCACCUCCGAGGAGCAGCCAGGAGUGGGCGUCGCCGGCGAGGCGUCGGCCUCAUCACCAACGGUGACCUCGGGCUCCUCCCGGCGGGUAUUCAAGUAUAUGUUGUGGAACAGGGAAGCAGAUUUGUGAGGUUGUUUGUGUUGACCAAUAGCUGUGAAGCUCUGCUGCACGUUUAAUUGUAACAUCAAGCGAGUUUUGGUGCCGAUGGACGGGGGCACCUCUAGCAAGAGACGAGUAGAAGCCCCGGGAGAGGGACAGAGCAGCUGCAAGAGGCAGAAUGCAACCAUGGGGAUGGACACCCUCGACUGCCCCGUCUGCUUUCAUCCCCUCAGACCUCCGAUAUACCAGUGUUCUGUGGGGCAUUUCGUAUGCUCAUCUUGCCGCCCGAAGCUCGUGCGCAACAAGUGUCACUUGUGCUCUGCCGAAACUACCUUCAAGCGCUGUCUAGGGAUGGAACGUCUCAUGGAAUCAGUCACGGUCGCUUGCUCCAAUGCCAAUUAUGGAUGCGCCCAGAAGCUCACUUACUACCAGAGGGAAGAGCAUGAGGACGCGUGCCCGAGCGCCCCAUGUUUCUGCCCGGCGUCCAGCUGCAGCUUUGCAGGGCCAACAGACGCCCUCCUUGAACAUUCCGCCUCCCAGCACAAGUGGCCGUGUACAACCAUCAAUUACUCCGAAGAUGUUGAGCUCUGCCUAGAACCAGGUCUACAUUUUCUUCGUACCAAAGACAGGGAAAUUUUCCUGCUCAACGUGGCACUAGAGCCAUACGGGCAUGCCAUCUCUGUCGUCUGCAUCCAACCUAAAGCUAUAAACUCCAAGUUCAAGUGUAGGAUGUCCUUGGUUCCUUUUUGAACGACUAUUAUCAGAGAUCAGUUUACAAGAUACGAAGCUCAUCGUUGUCUGAUGGGCUACCAAAGGGAUACAACUUAAUUCUGCCCAAGGAUGAGAUAACUGAUGAUGGAAAGGGUACCUUGCUUACGUUCUCCAUUGAUGAUCCUAAUCCUAAAGUAAAGGUGCGUGAGCCCAUAUGUCUGAAACCAGUACGCGGUGUAUGAUUGAAGUGGUAAGGUUCAGCGUGGACGUUCGCGGCUUUCACUGUUUGGAUUUCAUGACUUGUAGAAGUAUAUGCUAAGAGGCUUUAUGAUCUCAGACUCUGCUUCGUAGUUGUUUCGAUGAAGUGCACUUUGUUUAGGCUUUCCAGUUCAUGUAAGGAAUGUUUUACUGAUUUGGGAGGCGCCGGAUCAAAUGUUUGAUGUUGUGA